CCAGCCAGCUUAGUUAUGGCCUCACCGCAGCCAGCAGGGGACAGAUGGAAGUUGUCACGACCUGACCUGGUAUGUCCUGAACCAGUGAUCGCGAGGGGUGUCUCACACAAGCCUCAAUACAACAUGAGUAAAGGGCAAGAUAUUAAAACUGAAGGGAAGCUAAUCACAUGUGUUCAAGAGGACACUGUCUCUCAGAAUCAUUUUGAAAGUUGUCAGGAUGGUCGUAUUGGAAGUGCAGAGGAUGUAAAUAUUAUUGCUGAAAAUAAUGAAAAUGCUGCACUGUGUGCAGAAAAUGAGGAGAUCCUGUAUUGCCAGCCUGGUGAAGUUCAACCACUUGACUCUCAGCCUCAGCAGUCUGACCAGUCAGACAUGUUACCUCCUGACUCUCAGCCUCGGCACUCUGACCGGUCAGACAUGACACCUCCUGACUCUCAGCCUCGGCAGUCUGACCGGUCAGACAUGACACCUCCUGACUCUCAGCCUCGGCACUCUGACCGGUCAGACAUGACACCUCCUGACUCUCAGCCUCGGCAGUCUGACCGGUCAGACAUGACACCUCCUGACUCUCAGCCUCGGCACUCUGACUGGUCAGACAUGACACCUCCUGACUCUCAGCCUCGGCACUCUGACCGGUCAGACAUGACACCUCCUGACUCUCAGCCUCGGCAGUCUGACCGGUCAGACAUGACACCUCCUGACUCUCAGCCUCAGCACUCUGACCAGUCAGACAUGACACCUCCUGACUCUCAGCCUCGGCAGUCUGACUGGUCAGACAUGACACCUCCUGACUCUCAGCCUCGGCACUCUGACUGGUCAGACAUGACACCUCCUGACUCUCAGCCUCGGCAGUCUGACCAGUCAGACAUGACACCUCCUGACUCUCAGCCUCGGCACUCUGACUGGUCAGACAUGACACCUCCUGACUCUCAGCCUCGGCAGUCUGACCGGUCAGACAUGACACCUCCUGACUCUCAGCCUCGGCACUCUGACUGGUCAGACAUGACACCUCCUGACUCUCAGCCUCGGCAACCCAACCGAUCGGACAUGACACCACCUGACUCCCAGCCUCGGCAACCCAACAGGUUAGAAACAACACCACCUGACUCUCAGUGGCGACAAUCUGCCCGGCAAGACACGACACCUCCCGACUUUCCGUCUCUGCAACCCGACUGGCCAGACACAACUGCAACACAGACAGAGCCUGACACAGUUACUCACAAGAAGACAAAACCAACAGUUUUACCAAAACAUGUCCUUGAAAAGGUUGAGCAUUUAGUGUCCAAGAAAUGUGAAAGUGACAUUUCCUGGAUACAGGAUGUUGCGAUGCAUCCUUCUAACCCAACACUCUCCGAUGCAGAGGAGGAAUGUUUGUUUGGAAAUUUAUUUUCUGAUCAACAGGAAAAUUUCAAGAAGAGAAAUCAAGCCAGCCAUGAGAAAAAGAAAGGCCAUGAUGAGUCUGGGGGAGUACCAAGGGGGAAGGGAGACCGCCAGAUACCACGGAAACCCACUCCAAACUACUUUGUUGCUGUGCAGAUAACAAACCCACAGAUCCACUCCGGACUGUCACAGGUCCAGCAGGAAGUCAUGGCUGUCAACCACAAGAUGAGAGAAGUGAUGAUUAAACUGCCAACUUUACACAUUACUCUCAUGGUCAUCAACUUGCAGACAGAAGAGGACAUUGCAAGGGCGAGUGCAGCACUGUCUGAGAGUGGCAGUGAGGUGAGGGAGAGGUUCAAGACACUGCCAGUGUUGGAGGUGGCAGGACUGGGGACAUUCCGGAACCAGGUUGUGUUUGCCAAAGUCUCACCUGGUGAUGCUCUUGAUGACCUCACACAUAUACAUGGGUGUGUGACCGACAAGAUGGCCGGCCAUGGAGUAGUCUCCACGGAGACAAGGGGCCUCACUCCUCACAUCACCAUCAUGAAGAUGAGCAUGGCUAAGCCUGCCUUUAGGAGGUCAGUUGCCAAGAAAAUUGACCUAUCUUUGUACAGCAAGUUCAAGGACAUGACCUUUGGCACAGAAACGGUACAGAGGCUGCAAUUAUGUGCAAUGUUGAAGCCCAAGGUCACAUCUGGCUAUUACCAUGUAGCUCACGAAGUGUAUUUAGGACAAGGGGAGGUAACUCUUUCUGAGUUCAGUCGCUCUCUGGUCCAGUCGUCCAUAGUAUCAGCCAUAGAGAGUGUGAAGCUGGAUAGUGUCAAGUCCCAAACAGAAACACAAGUAAAUUCACAGAACAGUAAAGGAAAGUUGGAACAUAAACCUCAGAAAAAGAAACACAAGACUAAGAGAUCCAAAGAAAGCGGAAAUGGUGGUUCUGUCUUAAAGCCAGGAAAGGCAGACUCCACUGUCAAAUAGAGCUUGGAUGUGUCUGCUUGAUGAGCACACACUGUCAGCCAUGGUGGAUGGGCUCGGUGUCCAUACUCACGGUGUGGUGGUUACAUACUUAACGACAUUGCCACAAGGACUCACGGUCUCGCAAGUACGGCAGUCAGAAUGACAUGAGAGUUGAUGGGAAGUAUGUUGGUCUCAAGACCAGAAGAACAUAUAUGUGGAUAGAUUUAGUGCUGUGCACAACCUGAUCUCAUUCACAGAUGUCACAAAGCAUGAUAUCCAGUGUUUCAUAGUGAGUUUGCAUUAAAAGGGAUGUUAUCAAA